AUGUUGUCACUCGUAUCAUCCAGUCGCUUUGGUAUAGUCCUGAGUGUGCUUUUAGGCGUGACGCAGUCGCACGUUAUUCCGCUGAUAGACAAUAUCACGAACCACAGCGGGCUUCAACGACGCCAGGGAGAUAAAAAUCCCACACAUUUCAACUGGGUCAAAAGUUUCGCCGCCAUUGGAGAUAGCUACUCGGCCGGAAUUGGUUCUGGUGCGCAUUUAGGGCAGAUAUGGCACAACCGUGACGACUGGAGGUGCUCGCGUUAUGACCAGUCAUACCCAAUGAUCAUGAACAAUUAUUUGGGCACCGAUGUUGAAAAAUUCCAGUAUCUUGCAUGCAGCGGCGACAAGAGCUGGCAGAUAUAUGACCAGGCAAAGAAGCUCGAGGGCAACAUCGACUUGCUGACGCUGACGGCUGGGGGUAAUGACUUGUGUCUGGCGGAAAUCAUCAAAGACUGCAUCAUGCUAUCCUUCUACGGCGAGGCGACCUGCAACGCUAUUCUGAAGAAAGCGCAGGGAAAUCUCGAUCUGAUCAUGCGCCACAACAUCAAAGAAAUCCUGCUCGCACUGAACGACAAAAUGGCAGACGAUGGUAUUGUGGUUUUCAAUAGUUAUGCACGCUUUUUCAACACGGAGAACGAGGAUUGCGCCCAGAAACAGGACUGGAGUUCCUUUGAGUGGGUUCGCUCUAUAUGGCUCAAUCUGCAGCGGCCAUUGCCGCUCACCGUUGCCCGCCGCAAACGCUUCAACGAGUUGACAACGGGCUUGAAUGAUGUCAUCCACGACGUUAUAAAGGAAGUGCAAAGCGAAGUCAAAUAUAACAUCGGCUUUUCCAACUGGGACCGAUGGGCAAUCGAGGGUGUCAAAGGCCAAAUGUGUGACCCAUCCUCCAGCGGCGCCUACCCAGAUCCUGACCAGCCUGACCUGAUUUUCUUCAAGCCUGAUACCCGUAAAUCAGAAUUCACGGUGUUUCCCUUUUCGAGCACCAUUAAACGUAACAUCAACGAAACAGUAGAUUCAAACGAUAGUGGACGUCAAAACCCGAGCCGUUUCAAUGAAAAGCAGAUUGGCGCUCUGGGCGGUCGCCUGAACCUUCCCCCACGAGAUUUGGAUGAGGACGGCGUAAACCGCGCCAUCUACAAAUCAUCUCUGUGGAAUUCUGUCAAUCCUCGCGCGGCGGCAUUGAAGAGAUUGGACCCUCGCGCUCCUGACUUGCCCGGUUGUCCCGGGAAUGACAAUGGGCCGCUCCCCGGGUUAGGUGACUUCGUGCCCGAUUUCUUCGGGCGUGUUUUUCAUCCCAAUGAAGAAGGGCAUAACGCCAUUGCUUCCUUUGCCAUUGAAACCACAAUGAAUCUGCGAGCCAAGGUGCUGGGUGUAGAGCCCAAGAUUUGCGAGGUCAAAGAACAAUUCAAGUGUUGGCAAAAAGAGGGCAUGAAGGGUUACGCAACGGCAGACGUGCUUGACAUGAACUACAAGAAGUUCUGUGACGAAGUCAAGCCUCCCGGUGAGGGUGCGGUCGGAUGGAAAUUCACCAAGAAAUAUCAGGUUGGCACGCCAGACGAGCAAGAGUUUGAAUACGAACUAGGAGAUUUGGGCGACGGAUUUAACAAGAACGAGUGCCUUGAGUCAUUCAAACGAAUAAUCCACGGCUGUGAUGGGAAUGAUCCUGAGAACCCUCUGAAUUGGAAAUUUGGCGGGACAUGGAAGCGUGACCAGGACACGUAUACAGUUACUCCCAAGCGAACGAACCGUCCCUGGCCGCUCAAAAAGCCAUAUGGCUCUUGUGAGGGUGAGAGUUUUAUAUCAUUUAGCGGCUAUGUGAUCGCUGGAGCUGGCUGGUCUAGCUGGGACGAAGGUCGAGAGUCAUUGUUGCCGGCCAUUAAAAGCUGUCUCGGCAAAGGUGUAACAACAUGGACAUUCAAAUAUCUCGACAAACCUGACGAUGACGGCUAUGAGUGGUAUGUGGGAUUCCACACACCUGUAUUUGUUAACAACCGGUGUUUCAAGAAUAACAAAGCGGUAUUUGGCGCUAAGGGUUUCACCGAUGGUUGUAAAGGGAGCGGCUGGGCCUGA